GAAGGAAUGGGGCAGACCUUCUGCAGAAAAUGCUGUCCAUGCUGUUCAUGCUGUCCCUGCCACCAGGAACCACCUGUGCCGCAACCUUUCUCAAAUCUGGACAUCCCAAAUCCUGAAACCCAAGUCAUGAAACCACCCGAGAGCACAUUCCAAUCAUUUAUCAAAACACACAUAGAGGAGCCAACCAGAGGGGAACAUGAACCCAUCAGAACCCAACCACCCACCAAACAGGUCAUCGGCCUCAGAAAGAAGGACAACAUGCUGGAUGGUGAGGAUAACCAAGGAUUUGUAGGGGCAUCAGACAUUUCUACUACUUCAACCUACGAACCUUUCACUUAUCUACCCACAAGCUUUAUCAAUGAAAUAGGAACCCCUAAACCCAAGACCAACCCUGGGUAUAUGCAACCAGAAAAAACACAAACAUCAAGUACCAUGACAUGGGACAGCAGUGGUGGCAUCCUGAGCAGAACCAACAAGGUCUCAACCUACAACUAUAAGCCACGCUCAUCCCAAGACCUGGACAUAAAGAAGGGGGCAUAUCUGGAAGUUAUCAAAGAGGAAGGAGAGUGGGUGAUUGCACGAACCCUCGAUAGCAAUGGAGAAAGCAAAACUGGGUACAUCCCCAAAACCUUUCUGGCCAACGAGGGAAGUCUUGAGGCAGAGGACUGGUAUUUUGGAUCCUUGACAAAGCUAGAUGCCAAGCGUUACCUCAUGCAAGAAGAGAACCGCACCGGCUCAUUCCUCGUGUGGCAGAAGGUGGGAGACUGCUAUUACAUUUCAGUGCGCCUGGAUCAGUUGGUGAGACAUUACAGAGUCUAUCAGUCUAUCGACAGCCUUUUUUAUCUAGUUGAAAGAGCUUCAUUUCCCAGUCUUAAGGAUCUAAUCCAAUAUUAUCUUGAACAAUAUGACGGACUGUGCACCAAACUGGAGAUACCGUGUGUCAAGUUGGAUCUUCCUUCAGUGGACAGCAUUUCCCACACUACUGUAGACCAACUGGAAAUUGAUCCCAGCUCCAUACAAAAGGUCAGGAGGCUGGGCAGUGGCAAGUUUGGCACAGUGUGGCUGGGAUUGUGGAACAAAACCACAGAAGUAGCGGUCAAGGAACUACAAGUCACAGCUGAGUCCCUUCAGAAAACACUGUAUGGCGAAGCAGAGACAAUGUGGAAACUGAGCCAUGACAAGCUGCUGAAGUUAUAUGCGGUGUGUCUGCAGACCAAGCCUGUCUUCAUAGUCACCGAGUACAUGCCACAAGGAAGCCUCAAAAAAUAUCUGCAAGCUCACCAGAAGGAGAAGGACUUGCCCUUUCCCCAGCUGGUGGACUUUGCUGUCCAGAUUUGUCAAGGAAUGGACUACAUGGAGCAAAAGGGCUGUGUCCACCGAGACCUACGUGGUGAGAACAUCCUCUUGUCAGCCAUGAUGUCCUGCAAGAUCGGAGACUUUGGCCUGGCACGUUUUCUUAACAACUCCUCCAUCGCUGUCUCUGCAGAUGCACAGAUUCCGAUUAGGUGGACAGCUCCAGAGGUUUUCCAGAUGCAGAAAUACACCACCAAGUCUGACAUAUGGUCCUAUGGGGUUUUGCUGGUGGAGAUCAUCACCUAUGGAAAAAUACCCUUCCCAAAUAAGACCAACCUGCAGUACUGGCAGGAUAUAAAGAACAGAAAAGCUCUGCAUCCUCCCGCUGAGAGCCCCGACAACCUCUCCUACAUCAUGGGGAUGUGCUGGAGAUAUCAGCCUGAAUCCCGACCCUCCUUCUGUGAGAUUGAGCAAUUCCUCCUGGAUCUUCUUAAUCCCGCGCUGGACGAUGAUGUGGUGGAGUGAGUGCACAUGGAUAUUCUGCUGAUGUGCAGCUCAUAUUACAGACUGAGGACUCCACUGGUGGCCAUUUCAUAUAUAAACUUAUGGCUGGUCCAUACAGGCUUGAUUGCACAUACUCAUAUACCUCCUCACAGUGGGGUGGAUUGAUCAGUAUUGAGACAGAUGGGGGAACUGAUCAGUGGAUUGAUGAGCUGUGGGUGGAUCAAUGAGUGGGGUGGAUAGAUGAGCAGUGUAGUGAACUGAUCCAGAGGGUUGGAUAGGUGAGCAAGGUGGUAGAUCAAUGAGUGGUGGGGUGGAUCAAAGAGUAAUAGUGUGGAUUCAUGAGUGGUGGACUGAUAGUGGUGAGAUAGAUUAAUGAGUAGUGAGGUGGAUUGAUAAGCGAUAGCAUGGACUGAUGAGUGGUGAGGUAGUUUAAUGAGUGGUGAGGUAGUUUAAUGAGUGGUGAGCUAGUUUGAUAUGUAGUGAGGUUGAUUGAUGAGUGUCAGGAUAGAUUGAUGAGUGUUGAGGUGGAUCAAUGAGAGAUGAAGUGGAUUGAUGGGUGAUAAGGUGGAUUAAUGAGUGGUGAGAUGGAUUAAAGAGUGCUGAGGUAGAUUAGUGGUGAGGACUUAUGAGUGAUGAGGUACAUCAAUAAGUGGUGAGGUGGAUAGUUGAGAGGUGAGGUGGACUUAUGAGUGUUGCAGUGGAUUGACGAGUAGUGAGGUAUAUUGAUGACUGUUGAAGUGGAUCAAUGAGUGUUGAGGUGGAUCGAUGAGUGGUGGGACUCUCUGAUGAGUGAUGAGGUGGAUCGAUGAGAGGUGGGACUGUCUGAUGAGUGAUGAGGUGGAUUAUUGAGUGGUGAGCUGGAUUGUUGAGUGGUGAGGUGCAUCAAUAAGUGUUUAGGUGGAUCGAUGAAUGAUAGGGUGGAUUGAUGAGUAGUAGGGAGGACUGAUGAGUAGUGAGGUUGAUUGAUGAGCAGUCACAUGCAUUGAUGAGUGUUGAGGUGGAUCGAUGAGAGGUGAACUGGACUGAUGAUUGGUAAGGUGGAUCAAUAAGUUGUGAGGUGGAUCGAUAAGUGGUGAGGUGGAUUGAUAAGUGGUGAGGUAGAUCGAUAAGUGGUGAGGUAGAUCGAUAAGUGGUGAGGUAGAUCGAUAAGUGGUGAGGUAGAUCGAUAAGUGGUGAGGUGGAUCGAUAGAUGGUGAGGUGGAUCGAUAAGUGGGGAUGUUGACCUAUGAGUGGUGCGGAGCAUCAAUGAGUUGUGAGGUGGACUGAUGAGUGGAUUGAUGAGUGGUGAGGUGUAUUGAUGAGCAGUGACAUGCAUUGAUGAGUGGUGAGGUGGAUCGAUGAGUGGUGAACUGGACUGAUGAUUGGUGAGGUGGAUCGAUGAGUGGUGAACUGGACUGAUGAGUGGUGAGGUAGAUCGAUAAGUGGUGAGGUGGAUCGAUAAGAGGGGAUGUUGACCUAUGAGUGGUGCGGUGCAUCAAUGAGUGGUGAGGUGGACUGAUGAGUGCAUUGAUGAGUGGUGAGGUGGAUCGAUGAGUGGUGAACUGGACUGAUGAGUGGUGAGGUGGAUCGAUAAGUGGUGAGGUGGAUCGAUAAGUGGUGAUGUUGACCUAUGAGUGGUGGGAAGCAUCAAUGAGUGGUGAGGUGGACUGAUGAGUGGAUUGAUGAGUGGUGAAAUGGAUCAAUGAAUGGUGAGGUGGAUCAGUGAGGUAGUAAAGUGUGAAGAUGUAGUUUGUGAUCAUUUGAAUUUCAUUUUGUAUCUGUUCAUUUAAAUUUCAUUUCAUGACCUGUGAAUGCAGGUGCAGGAAGUAAGGCUUUGUCUGCAUAUUUUCUUGAAGUUGUUUUGGGAUUCUGACUCACUGCAAACCUGGGAACUGCCGCUCCGAGGUCUGGGGUGAUAGCAGAUGAACAACACGUACUGUACACAGUGACAAUUAUGGAGCGCAUGCGCUGGCUAUGUUCCACUAGGGAAUGGAACUUUUUGUUUAAUCUGUAUAAAGCUGUAACCCUUCAGGAAAGAAGUCAGAAGCUCAUCUAUGAGGGGAGGGACUA